AUGCUUGAAAACCUUAAAAGUGCUUGGGAACGUCUGCUAGCUCGGGAUGCGCGGGCGCUGCCGUAUAAGGGAGAAUAUUAUGUUGCAAGAGCGAAAUGCAAACGUGUUGCUAAUAAAUAUCGACUGCAUGAAACAGUGAAGAAAAUUUUGAAAAUUCCUAACUCAAAAGUGCUCUGUAUGUUACCAGAACAAAAAACAUUCUACAAAGAAUAUUUGAAUAUAUACGACGAUAUCAAAAUCAUGAGGGAUGAACAAUUAGUUUUCGAUAUAAAUUUUGAUCGAUAUGACGAUGUGGUAGCAAAAAAUCGUAAAUCAUAUUACGAUAUUUACCUAAUAGCAAAAGAGGACUGUGAAAUUGAUGUGAUAGUGGGCUAG